AUGGCAGAUACGGCCGUGAAGAAGGAAGAGCAGGAGCCUGCCAAACCAGCAGCCACCGCUGCCCCUCCACCCGAGGUAGCGUCAGAUCCUGAGGAAGACGACCUUUCCGACCUUGACGACGUACUCGACGAAUUCGCAAACACCAAGCUCGAUGCCAAAGCUCCAACUGCCUCGUCGAUAGAAGCAGCCUACCCCAAGUCCAGCGAUGCGCCGUCAUCCUCCGGGCCCGGUAGGCCACCCUCAGACAUCUCGCCUGCCGAACUCAUGAUGGAAGACCCGGAUGCUUUCCAGGAACAACUCAAGAAGGAGAUGGAACAGCUCCUUGGACAGGGCGACUUCCAGAAACAGUUUGAGGAUAUUAUGAAGGAGAUGAGUGAGGAGAUGGGUGGCGCGAACCCGCUUCAAGAUCCUGGACAUAUACACGCACAUGCACACGAGCAUACCGGUGAGGGUGCAAGUGAAACAAAGGAGAAGGCAGCACCUAGCCAGUCUGAGAAGGAAACCGCUGCGAAAGCGGAGAAGAGCUUCCAAGAAACUAUCAAGAAGACUAUGGAGCGCAUGCAGUCCUCCUCCGAUACCGCUACCUCCGCCGCCGCAUCCUCUUCCCAAGACGACAUCCUUGCGCAGAUGCUCGCGUCCAUGGAAUCCGGCGGUUUCGGUGGUGGCGAAGGAGGUGACGAAGACUUCAGCAAAGUGCUCAUGGGCAUGAUGGAGCAGCUUACCAACAAGGACAUCCUCUACGAACCGAUGAAGGAGCUAGAUGACAAAUUUCCGGCGUGGAUGGAUAAGAACAAGGAAAAGACGGAGAAGGAUGACCUCAAGAGGUAUGAGGAACAGCAGACAUUGGUCAGAGAGAUCGUGGGCAGGUUUGAAAGGAAAGGGUACAGCGACGACAACCCGCAGGACAGGGAAUACAUCGUUGAGCGGAUGCAGAAGAUGCAAGCCGCUGGCUCUCCACCGCCUGAUCUGGUUGGCGAUAUGAACGCUGCGCAGGAAGCGCUUCAGGAUAUGGAUCAGGGCUGCCCGACUCAGUGA